AUGUCUCGUCCAGCAACUCAUUCAGGAUCAUGGUAUUCUGAUGAUCUACGUCGUCUAGAUGCAGAAUUAUCUAGACAUUUGGUUGACGCUAGCAAGAACGUUAACAUGGUUAAGGGGUCUAGAUUAAUAAUUUCACCACAUGCAGGUUAUAAAUAUUGUGGCUCUACUAUGGCGUAUUCGUAUGCUUCAUUGGAUUUGAAUUCAAAUGUUAAGAGAAUCAUCAUCAUGGGACCAUCUCAUCAUAUUUAUUUCAAGAACCAGAUAUAUGUGAGUGGAUUUUCUGAGGUUCAAACACCACUAGGUAAUUUGCAUGUGGAUAAAGAUUUCAUUGAAGAUAAACUAAUGGGAAAUAGUAUUGAGAAAGGGUUAUUUGCUUAUAUGGAUGAAGAGACGGACCUGUCUGAACAUUCUCUAGAAAUGCAAUUUCCUAUGGUAGUCAAGACUCUUCAGUUCAGAAACAUCGACGUCGAUAAAGUGAAAGUUGUUCCCAUGAUAGUGUCUCAUAACAGUGAGGCAGUCGAUACGAAACUCGCUAAUGUGUUGAAGAACGAAUUUAUGAAUCCCGAGACAAUAUUCAUUGUAAGUAGUGAUUUUUGUCAUUGGGGUCGUCGGUUUCAAUAUACUGGAUACGUUGGGAAUAGUGAAGAACUGAAGGACUCGCUUGAAGAACAAACUGAGAUCGAGAUGUUGACUUCAAGAAGUAAGUCAUUGCAUCGGGAAGUGAAGAUUUGGGAAUCAAUUAUGAUAAUUGAUAAAUUUGGAAUGAAGCUAUUGAGUGAUUCUGACAAUUCUGAUAAAUACAAGAAUUGGAAGAAUUAUAUUGAAAUUUCAGGUAACACUGUGUGUGGAACAAAUCCGAUUAAAGUAAUCUUAAAGACAAUUGAACUCAUUGCAAAUGAAGUUGUAUCGAGUGGUAGUGACUCUAGUAAGAUUGACUUUUAUUGGCCUAGCUAUUCGCAGAGUUCGAAAGUAACCAGUGUUAAUGAAAGUAGUGUCAGUUACGCUUCUGGGUACGCAAUCAUAUAG